AUCGCUAAAACUCUCGUUUCAUGCCAUGCUUGGCUCGUUUUCCGUGAUACAAUUGUUGUAUACCCCAUGUUUCCUUAGAAUUAGUGCCCCAAAAUGAACUCUUAGUCCACUCCAAACAUUUCCUUACUUUAUUAUUUAAUACCGUUAUGUCUAAAAACCAUACAAAUUACUUUCCGAAAUUCCUUCGAUCUUAAUCCAGUACUUUCUCCCUACCUCAAUUUCCCUGGUCUUAAUCCGUUAUUUUACCAUCCCUCGGGCCUUUCCCAGCGCCUUCUUGGACGGACUCCUAAUCCGGUAUUUUCCGAAAAUAACAAUUACUUCCAUAUCUCACCUCUCCUCAACACCCUCUAGUCCAACCCCCAAGGGUUGUCCUCCUUCUAACUACCCAAUUACCACCUUGGGCCUUACUCCCUCCAUUUUCUCGAACCCUCCCUCAGAGUACAGACGUAAAAGCCCUCUGAAUUAACAAACAUGAUUCAUUAUACUUAAAACCAUCCUAGAGAGUAGAUUUUACAAAGAUAUCCACUGUGUUAGAUUCAACUGUAUUGGUCUCAAAUAAACAUUCCAAUUAGAUAUUAAACAAGUACAAUAUUAUUUUACCGGAAUUCAACAAAAUACAGUGAGUGAUAAAAACACUAAAAUGUCUGAAUCCCCUGCGAAAAAAGCACACAGGAGAGAAAUGGCACGGUUAAGAACACAACGAUGGCGUCAACGACAACGGGCACGUGAAUCUGCAGUCAGAGAAGGUCAUUCCCCAUGUGCUGACUUCCCAAUAAAUGAGGAGGAAUCUAUUCCGAUAAAGAUGGAGCUCAACCACGAUUCAGAUGGGGGAGUAAUGGAAAUGGAUCUCUCAAACAGGGAACUGAAUGUCUCAAACGAAUUUUUAGAAUGUCAACAGUCGAUGAACACAUGUUUUAGUGAGGUGAACCUUGAAUCAAGUGAUGAUGACAAUGAAAGGAAUUAUAAUACUCGUUAUGAGCCAACGUUGAGUGAAGAUGAAGGUGAUUUUAAUUAUUUAGACGAAUCACCAGAUGAUAAUGAAUCAGAGGAUGAUGUUGAACCGAACGAACUCGAGGCAUUUAGGCAGUGGGCCAUAGAAUCGAGGAUCUCUCACAGACAGCUGGAUCCACUACUGAGAAUUUUUGGGGAAAGACUCCUUCCACAAUUGCCAAAGUCAUCAAAAACAUUCCUCAAAACGACCUCAGUUAAAUACAACAUAGAAAUUUUUGACAGGGGAAAUAAUAGUGAAUUCGUUUAUUUUGAGAUAGCUGAAAGUUUGAAAAGAAUAAUCAAUCCCAAACUUCAUGAAAAAAAUGAAAUAUAUCUCCUCAUCCAUGUUGAUGGUACCUCACCAUAUAAAUCCAGUGAUACACAGUUUUGGCCAAUUUUAGGUAAAGUCUAUUUUCAACCAGAUAUUUAUAAAGUUUUUCCAAUUGCAAUAUAUAAUGGUGUAGGGAAGCCACAUAAUAUUCAUCGCUACCUUGAACGGUUCGUGACAGAGAUAAACGAAAUUUUACAAGGCAUUGUGAUCGAGAACAAACGUUUCAAUGUAUUUCUGAAGGCCUUCGUUUGCGACAGACCUGCGAGGUCCUUUAUGAAGUGCAUUAAAAAUCAUGGUGCGCAUCGAGCAUGCGAAGGGUGCAACGUUCAGGGCACAUGGAUUGACAAACGUACAGUAUACUUAGAGACAGAUUCCCCAGAAAGGACCGAUGAAUCAUUCCGUUGCCAAGAAGACAAAUUACACCAUGAUGGUAUUUCACCUCUGCUAAGAAUCAAUCCACCGAUCGACUUCAUUAAGCAGGUCUGUAUGGAAUCGAUGCACCUCCUGUGGUUGGGGAUCAUGAAAAAGUUUUUGGUCGAUAUUUGGUUACAUGGAGAUAGUGACAAUCGAUUCAGUCAAAAUCAGAAAAAAGAAUUUUCAGAAAAGUUGUUGUUGAUGAGUACGCAAGUACCUAGAGAAUUUCAGAGGUCAACUCAAUCACUAAAUAAUAUAUCGAAGUGGAAGGCCACUCAGUUCCGAUUUAUGGCGUUGUACAUAGGGCCAAUCCUACUGAAGCCAUGUCUAUCUGAGGAUCACUACAAGCAUUUCCUUCUUUUCCACGUCGCCUGCAGGAUCUUGAAUUCUAGUGAUUUAGCGCUGAAGUAUCACAGAAUAGCUAAAGAGUUCAUGAUACUUUUUGUGAAACUGAGUGAAAAAUUAUAUGGGAAAAAAAACCAAGUUCUAAAUCUCCACACUCUCCUCCAUUCGGCCGACGAUGUCGUCUACAUGGGAUGUCCCCUCAGCGACAUCACUGCUUUUCCCUUCGAAAGUGCAUUGGGCAGUGUAAAGCGCAUGUUACGCUCAGGAUACAGGCCAUUGGCACAAAUAUGCCGGCGUAUCUGUGAACAACAUCUGAACAAUCAGGUAAAAGCUGAAUUGCCACGUAUCACACAAACUUUGAGGAGAUUACGUCCCGAUCCAUCUGGGGACACUCGAGUCAAGACGGUUUCUCACAAAGGGUGCACACUGACAACCUCGAGGCCUAACAAUUGGGUUAUCUUAAAUGAUGGGAAAGUCCUGGAGAUCGACGAGAUGUUCAUUAGGUCUUCAGAAUCCCGUGUGAGAAUAUCUGGUAUAUAACUGCAGAUAC